UGCCCGCCCGGCACCAUGAGCUUUGGCUCCGAGCGCUACCUGUGCGCCUCCUCCUACCGCAAGGCGCUCGGCGAUGGCGCGCGUCUCUCCGGGCGGCUCUCCGCGGCCCGGGGCGCGGGCGGCCUCCGCUCGCACUCGCUGCCCCGCGGGCCCACAGCCCCGGGCGCCUCGAUCGGCCUGGGCCUGGCCUUCCGCAGCCGCGCGCCGGCGGCCGACGGGCUGGAGCUGAGCCAGGCGGCGGCGCGCACCAACGAGUACAAGAUCAUCCGCACCAACGAGAAGGAGCAGCUGCAGGGCCUCAACGACCGCUUCGCCGUGUUCAUCGAGAAGGUACAUCAGCUCGAGACGCAGAACCGCGCGCUCGAGGCCGAGCUGGCCGCGCUGCGGCAGCGCCACGCCGAGCCGUCGCGCGUGGGCGAGCUCUUCCAGCGCGAGCUCCGCGACCUGCGCGCGCAGCUGGAGGAGGCGAGCUCGGCUCGCGCGCAGGCCCUGCUGGAGCGCGACGGCCUGGCCGAGGAGGUGCAGCGGCUGCGGGCGCGCUGCGAGGAGGAGAGCCGCGGGCGCGAGGGCGCCGAGCGCGCCCUGAAGGCGCAGCAGCGCGACGCGGACGGCGCCACGCUGGCCCGGCUGGACCUGGAGAAGAAGGUGGAGUCGCUGCUGGACGAGCUGGCCUUCGUGCGCCAGGUGCACGACGAGGAGGUGGCCGAGCUCCUGGCCACCCUGCAGGCCUCGUCGCAGGCCGCGGCCGAGGUGGACGUGGCCGUGGCCAAGCCGGACCUGAGCUCGGCGCUGAGGGAGAUCCGCGCACAGUACGAGUCUCUGGCCGCCAAGAACCUGCAGUCCGCCGAGGAGUGGUACAAGUCCAAGUUCGCCAACCUGAACGAGCAGGCGGCGCGCAGCACGGAGGCCAUCCGAGCCAGCCGCGAGGAGAUCCACGAGUACCGGCGCCAGCUGCAGGCGCGCACCAUCGAGAUCGAGGGCCUGCGCGGGGCCAACGAGUCCCUGGAGCGGCAGAUCCUGGAGCUGGAGGAGCGGCACAGCGCCGAGGUGGCCGGCUUCCAGGAUAGCAUCGGGCAGCUGGAGAAUGACCUCAGGAGCACCAAGAGUGAGAUGGCACGCCACCUUCGCGAGUACCAGGACUUGCUCAAUGUCAAGAUGGCCCUCGACAUCGAGAUUGCUGCUUACAGGAAACUGCUGGAAGGCGAAGAGACUCGAUUCAGCACCAGUGGAUUAAGCAUUUCAGGGCUAAAUCCACUUCCCAACCCAAGUUAUCUGCUCCCUUCAAGAGUCCUCAGUUCUGCAGUCUCCAAAGUCUCGUCCACUGGGCUGUCCCUUAAGAAAGAGGAGGAGGAGGAAGAGGCUUCUAAGGCAGUCUCUAAGAAAACCUCCCAGCUAGGAGAAAGUUUUGAAGAAAUACUGGAGGAGACAGUAAUAUCUACUAAGAAAACCGAGAAGUCAAAUAUAGAAGAAAGCACCAUUGCAAGCCAAAAAAUAUAAUUCUUUGCUUUAAAAAGUUAAUGCUUAAGAGGGAGUAAUAUGCAUUUGACGUGUGAAACAGCCUAUUCCUGAACCUUAACACCUGUCACCACUAGAUAACGACUCAAGGCUUCUGUCCCAUAGCUAGCAUUGGAUACUUCUCCAGUAGGAAAGCAGCCCUUAGCUUGAACACAGCGCAGUCCUGGGGCGUGCGGUCGGGGAGGAGUCUUCUGAGAACACAGCUUUCUCUCCUCGGGCUCAGGCUUCACAGCUGUAGGUGAUUCAGGUGCAGAGGCAGCGCGAACUGAGGUGCUAAAAAUCUGCCAUCGCCGUCCUCUGCUGUGAGCCGGAGUGGAAACCUGUGUUUGUUCUCUGUGCCCAGCCGGUACCCAGCUGUCCAACCUUACUCCAGAUGCUCACCGCAUAGGCCACUGCCAACAGCAGCCAGUGCUCCCCCGACUGCACUCUGCCAGAAGUCACAAAUGAUAGGUGUUUGUUUAAUGGACAUUUUGCUUUCCAUUCCCUCCAACUCCAUAUGUUCUUUUUCCAUCCAGGGAAAAAAAGAGACUGGCGUGUAUUCCUCCCUUUCUAACACGUGGAGGUUCUUUUCCAGAGAACCUAGCCCCUUGCACUCUCUCUGCUCCCUGGGAAAAGUAGAUGCAUGCUGGCCGUGCCUGGGACUGCAGUGGCAUGGUCCUGCCCGUUUCUCGCCCAUCACUUCUGUGGGUUUGAAAACAUGGCAGUGAUGAAUUUUAAGGGUUUUCCCUAACAAAUAAAAUAAUGAAAAGAAUCCUUAGAUUUUAGGCUUUCCGCUUACUCAGAUCCAUUUAGGGGAAAAAACUGUUAAGAACAUAGCUUUUCACCUUAACUUUAGAAGCACCGUGACUCAUCCCAAGCUGCGGUGGAGCUGACCCUGGGUUUGGUAGUGUUAGGUAGACGAGGCGAGUGUCUCCGUGAAGGGAAAGGCCGAGGUGCCGUGUGUGUCAGUUCCUGUGUGGUGGUAUAGGAUUAGCUCUCUGGGCCCUCGCCCUUGGAAUACCAGAGCCCCCUCCCGCGAGGCCAGCCUUCAGGGGCCUUGCCUUCAGCCUCCUAUGCCUCUGAAGAGUGCCGAGUGUCAGAUACAUUGUUGCCAGGACACAGUGCUACUGCCCAAAAGUUAAACCAUUUCUGGUCAGUCCACACCACCAGCAAAUACAGAAAAUAAGUAUCUCUCUUUUCUCCAAGAGUCUUCCCCAACAGUGUCCCUAUUGCUGGGCAGCGGGGGGAGCCCCAGAAUGGUGUGUGUGUCCCUCCCUGGCCCCGGGGGAGUCAUUGGAGCAUCUGCUCCUCAUCUGCCCACCUGUGUGGCGUCCACCUUGCCUGUAUUCCUGGGUGCCAGUUUUGAGCAGGAUUUGUUCUCUGUCAGUGCUCACUUCCCCCAGGCCAGAGAGAAGGAGCCGCCCUGGCCCUGUUCCAGUCCCGCUUCUUCCUCCUAAACUCCGUGGUGACAAGGACAUGAUGCUUUUGCAGGACUUUCUUACUCUAGCACAUGCUUCAAUAGUUCAAGGGACUCAAAAGACACUUUACUGUUCCCUACCCUUAGCCCAGUCCCUGUCUUCAGUCCUUACAUUCACUGUGAGACAUUAGCAAAAGAACAAAUUAAAGUCCCAUGAAUCUCACCAACUUAA